CGCGCUCGUUGUCGUCCCGCUGGGAAGUUGUGCUGGAAGUUUACCUCAGGUCUGUCCCAUGAGCUCGGUCCAUUGAAAAAGUUUGCGAGAGAGAUGAGCGGACAGACGGUCCCCGCGGACUUCUCCGGACACAUGUUGGACCUGGACGAAGACGAAGACCUGGAGGUCUUCAGCAAGAACACAUCCCUGGCAGAUGGAAGUCCCAUGCCCAACUCUCCAAGCUCCAUGGUCAACCAGUACAGACUGGAAGAUGAGGAGGAGCAGCAGGACACCUACACCAAAGACAUCUUCGUCAGCGUGGAUAACCCAGAGAGCCACAUCACUGCCAUCGAAACCUUCAUCAUGUACAGAGUUGUGACCAAGACAACGCGGAGCGAGUUCGACUCCAGCGAGUAUGAGGUUCGCCGGCGCUACCAGGACUUCCUGUGGCUCCGAAGCAGACUGGAAGAAAACCACCCAACACUCAUCGUCCAUCCGCUGCCGGAGAAGUUUGUGAUGAAAAGCAUGGUGGAACGCUUCAACAAUGACUUCAUUGAGACCAGGAGGAAAGCUCUGCACCGCUUCCUCAACAAGAUCUCAGAUCAUCCUAUACUGUCCUGCAGCGAGCACUUCAAAGUCUUCCUCACUGCAGAGGAGCUAAUGUCUCACAGGAAGCAGGGUCCAGGCUUCCUGAGCAGGAUGGGGGAGACGGUGAGGGCGGUGGCCAACUCGGUACGAGGCCUGAGGAGCCGGCCGGAGGAGUUCACUCUGAUGCAGGAGUACGUGGAGGACUUCAGUAGCAAGAUCUGCUCUGUGGACAAAGUCACCCAGAGGAUCAUCAAGGAGCAGAGAGAGUAUCUGGAUGAGCUCAAGCAGUACAGCCCCACCUACACCCAGUGGGCAGAGUCAGAGGAGGAGCUGGCAGAGCCACUGAAGGGCGUGGCCAGCUGUGUGGAGCGGUGUAGCAAGGAAACAGAAGAGCAGAUCCAGCAUUUGUCUGAAGCCCUCGUGCCCGCCCUGCACGAGUAUGUCCUGUGUGCCGAGACCCUGAAGGCUGUGAUGAGACGGAGAGACAACAUCCAGGCUGAGUACGAAGCCAAGAACGAGGCCCUGGCAUCCAGAAAAGCUGACCAAGAAUCACUGCAGGACGAGGUGGAUGGUCUGGCGGACCGGGUGGAGCUGGCCAACAACGCCUUGAAGGUAGACUGGUCGCGCUGGCAGAACAGCAUGAGAACUGACCUCAGAUCAGCCUUCAUAUCUACAUCUGAGAAGAAUGUGGAGUACUACGAGAAGUGCCUGGCCGUGUGGGAAUCAUUCCUCCUGUCUCAGAGGGUGGAGCCCGGUGCACAGAGAGAUGGGGAAGACACCUGUUAAAGUGUGGAGAUGAUUGAAACGUGGAGGUCGCCUGAUCAACAUAGAGCACACCUUCUGUCAUCUGUCCAACACAUCUACAAUCUAGACUUUAAACCAGUGUCCACUUAUGCAAACAUGCAUCAUGUACGAAACAAGCACACUCUUUCUGUCUCUCUCUCUGUCUCUUUUUCUUGCUGUCUGGCCAAAGAGGAUAAUCCCAGUCUUACCAUUCCAGUGAUGAUUGUGCAUCACUAAAACCAACACUGUGAUCCAAAUAGUGUUUACACACCUCUGUGCCAAAAGUAAAAAGAAGACUUUUGGUUCUUCUGGCUCCACCUUGCUUUCUUAUUGUGUUAGAAGACAUUGUGGUACUUUAACAUUUCCUUCCAUAUGUGGAGAACAGCUGUGUCCAAUCAGGGGAUGCCUAGAAUGCCAAGAUGUGGCGCAAUGAGUCCUCACCUCAGAGAAACCCAAACUAAUGAUGCAUUCAGGCCCUCUUCAACUCCAUUAAUUGGAAUUUUCCACCUUUAACAUCAGAAAGUUGCACCCAACUGACAGAAUAACUGAUCGAUUCCACUGGGCACAGCUGCAAUGCAUUCUGUAUCGCUGCCGUUCUAGACAACGCUUGUGAUUCCACUAGAAGCAGCUCUCCACAGACAAUUCGCUAUUUUUGUGCAAAAUCUAAAAGUUCCAAAGUAAUUUGACAAAGAGUAUGAAUUUGAAACCAUGGAUCAGAUAAAUCGUUGAUAAAAGUGAAGUUGUUAGCUGCCUUUUAAAAGUGCUGCUGACUUACAGUAAUGUUACCAUGACAGCAAAUCUGAAGUUACUUGUUAGCUGUCAACUCGGUGAGGCAGCAGAGGAAGCCACCAUGAAUGAUUAGAACAUCAUCAUUGUCAUCAUUGUUAGUUUUUAUUUGUUAUUUGUUCCAACUAGACUUUCUUUCCAACUAGAGUUUUUAGUCUUCUGUUAGUAUUUGCUUUAUGUAGUUUUUUUGGUAUUCAUUUUAAAUGCAGAUCAUUAAAUGCAGACUUCCCCUGAAUUGAGACACAGCUACUGAUACUAAUUAACCCUUAACCUUAGUAUAGCAUGACCACUGUUUUUCUCCUUAAUCUUAACCAAACUACUUUGAUGGAGCUCAGUUGGUGACAUGGUUCCGAGAGACUUGAAAAGAGUAGUUUGACAAAAUGAUCUUCACUCAAAGUCUUAAUAGGUGACGUAAGUAUGGCCGCAGACACAUGUUAUGCCAAGAUCAGACUACAAGAUCAGCCUGAAUGGUCUGACCCAGCAGGCCUCGUAGGAAUGAAAAUGGGUUUUGGACACAACAAUUUCUCUGACAUUGUGGAAGACAACCGACGCAGCAUCCCAACAAAAAUAAAACUUGCAUGUCAGAA